AGUGUUGAGAACAGAAAACUGGAUAGAAUAAUUGCAACAGUACUGGUUGGGCACUGGGCCUUUGUCCAUGUAGCUGGUCUGCCUUAGAGUGCCAUGGCCACGGGAACCCAGGACCAUCGUGACCACGUCCUGGAGAAAGCCAAGCUUGUGCCACCCAUGGGGAGGCGCAAGAGAACAGAGGGAAAGCCGAAGAAGAAUUUCUCCUGCCAGGAGUGUCAGAAAGCCUUUAACAGUCUGGAAAAGUUGAAGGUGCAUUCGUACUCUCACACAGGAGAAAGACCCUACCGCUGCUCCCACCCCGACUGCACCAAGGCUUUUGUCUCCAAAUACAAGCUGCUACGGCAUAUGGCAACUCACUCGCCAGAAAAAACCCACAAGUGUUCAUACUGUGAGAAAAUGUUCCACCGCAAGGAUCACUUAAAGAAUCACCUACACACUCAUGACCCGUAUAAGGAGGCAUUCACCUGUCAGGAGUGUGGCAAGAGCUACAACACCAAGCUGGGCUUCAAACGCCACCUCGCCCUCCAUGCUGCCAACAGUGGAGACCUUACCUGCCAAGUGUGCCUGCAAGCGUUCCCAAGCACCGGCGUUCUACUGGAACACCUCAAAACACACGCUGGUAAAUCAUCUGGUGGGACCAAAGAGAAAAAGCAUCGCUGUGAGCAUUGUGAGCGGCGAUUUUACACCCGUAAAGAUGUGCGACGCCACAUGGUGGUGCACACUGGUCGCAAGGACUUCCUUUGUCAGUACUGUGCCCAGCGCUUCGGAAGGAAGGACCAUCUGACUCGUCAUGUCAAAAAGAGCCACGCCAAGGAGCUGCUAAGGGUAAAAACUGAGCCAGCUGAUUCGCUGGAGCCCGUUGUUUAUGACUUGGUAUCUGGGGGCAUCAAGGAUGAGCUCCCAGGGAUGGUGAUGUCCAGGCCACAUCAGCUCAACAUGUACACAGGCCCCGUCCUGGACACAGAGUCCUUCCCCACCUCAACACACCCUUUUCCUUUAAAGUAUGCGCUGGGCUCCAACUUUACCUCAUACACCUUCUCCUCACAGGAGCGGGAGCAGAAUCUAAAGGGAGAACUGGAGACCUACCUGAUGGAGCUGCAGAGCAGCAUGCCCUCCUCAUCCUCUGCAGCACAAGAGCCCCAACUCUCCUCCAAACUUGAGUUAGAUACUCAAGUGGGUGUACUAGAGCAGGCAAGCCAGGAGGUAUCCCUGUCCAAAAUAUCCACUUCAGUGGCAGCAGCCACUGCAGGAGACUCUCUGGCUUCGUCCUCCUCUCUGAUGGACUUCUCACAGCUUUUUAACUUUCUGCCGCUCAACGGGCCUCCAUACAACGCAGCAGGGGGGCAAGGUGUCACCUAUACACCCAGUGAAGAAUCCACACCCCUGGUCCAGCUGCCGCCCCAGCCCCCUGAAGGGAUCGAGACUGCAGAGGGUUCUCUUCAAGGACUCCCCUCCUCUUUCAUAUCCAACCUGAGCACACCUACCACACUGCCCCGCUUCCAUCAAGCUUUUCAGUGAUCCAGUAUGUACUGCACAAGGCACACAUGCACUCACACAUACACAGAGACAACAUACAAAACACAAUCAA